AUGAAUAAUAACGAAUAUUUAACAGAAACAGAACGUCAACUUAUAAAUAAACCUCCUUACCAACUAACUCUUUCGAUUGAAGAAUUAACAAAACCUGCCAAGAAAAACCGCGAUAAUUCUGAUAAACCACCACGAACACAAAACAGUUGGAUCAUUUUUCGGAAAGACUAUGAAGCUAAUUUACGUCGACGCAGUCCUGACGUCAAACAAGAAGUUAAACAUACUGCAAAGGAAUGCAGUUUAGAGUGGAAAUCGCAACCAAGUGAAGUUAAGCAUUUAUUCAAAACACUGGAGAAAAUAGCUUAUGAGAAUCAUAAGCAUAUAUAUCCCAAUUAUAAGAAUAAGCCAAAAAAUGUAAAAGAUUUAAACCAUAAAAAAUUUAUUUUUCGGGAACAAAAAAAAUACCCGACCAAGUCUAACAUACCAAGUGUCAGCUCACAACAAGGGGCAGGGCAGCGUCACCUUCCUUCACAUCAGUAUACUUCUUAUAAUUACGGAAAUAACAUUGACAUCAACAUCACGACCACUGAUAAUCAUUCUCCAGACGCUACCACUACUUUACGUCGUAUUAUUAAUGACGAAGAUG